AUGGCCAUCCAGCAGCUUUGUAGAAGUUGGAUCGCUAGGCGAGUGGCCGCGAAGUUACUCAUCCAAGCUACGGGCCGGAUGUUCCUCGCGAAGUGCAAGCUCGCCUUCAAGAAACUUGAGAUACAAUCAAUACUGCAGAUCCAGUGCGCGUACCGCUGCAUGAGGGCGUAUCGCGUCCUCGACGAGCGGCGAUGCGUCCUCCCGCACGCGAUCAUGGUGUCGUCGGAACACUCCGCGGCCUUCUCGGCGGACAAGACGCUGGACGGCCGCCGAGAUACGUUCUGGUGUUCGCGAACAGGAGCAACCAAAAAGCAGUGGAUCGUCUACGACAUGCGCGAGAGCGCGUGCAUCGGU